AUGCUCCUAAACGAGGACAUCAUCGCAAACAACUAUAUCGCUUGGGAAAUCUACAAGGAGCUACAAGAUACGAGAGAAAACACCAUCAAAAUCCAAUGGAUUCCAAGCCACGUUGGGAUUAGAGGAAACGAAGUAGCAGAUCAAGCAGCGAAGCAAAAAAGCAGGGAGAAACAGACAUUCUUCAACGGACUCACCAUGGCAGAUGCGCUGAGACUCAGCAACCUGGAUAUUUGGGCAGACUGGAGCAGACGUUACAAGGAACAAUCAAAAACCAAAGGAUGUUGGCACUUCAACCUAAUGGAAACACCAGGUAGGAAAAUCUGGUCACACGAGCUGCAACUGAAUCCGGACGAAGUAAAAACCUUGAACAGAAUAAGAAGUGGUCAUGCACUCACCAAAUCCAAAAGAGCCACGUGGGGAUGGGAGAUAGACGACCAGUGUGAUUGGUGCGAAGUAAAAGAAGACAUCAAACACAUCCUAUAUGACUGCCCAAAGUUCAAUAUUGAACGAAACAAGUACCCGAUACUAGAAUACAUGAAGCCAAUCGAACAAGUUCUAAUCGAGCUUUGUGAAGAAGAACUCAAACAGAUCACAAGAUUCAUCAAGGAAACCAAAAGCCAAAUUUAAAUCAGGACAACA